UACCUCGCCUCGUUGCUCCUCCAUAAAAAGUUCGUAGCGGAGUUCAUUGCUCACGGAGGAGUCCAGAAACUUCUGCAGAUCCCGAGGCCCUCGAUGGCAGCAACCGGAGUUUCACUCUGCUUGUACUAUCUGGCCUACAACCAAGACGCCAUGGAGAGGGUGUGUAUGCUCCCAGACGGCGUUCUUUCCGACAUGGUGUCUUACGCAGUGUGGCUGCUGGAGUCGUCCCACGCUUCAGGCGUGUGCCACGCCACCAUGUUUUUCUCCAUUUCCUUCUCGUUCAGAGCCAUGCUGCAGCUCUUCGACCAGCAGGACGGGCUGCGCAGGCUCGUCAACCUGGUUAGUACUCUGGAGAUUCUCAACAGAGAGAGUGAAGUGUCCAUAAUGAGCGAUGACCAGGUUUUCUCCAGCCGACAGACGGCCAAACAUACCUGCAUGGCCAUCCGCAGGUAUUUUGAGGCUCACCUGGCAGUGAAGGCCGAGCAGGUGAAGCAGGCCCUGCACACGUCAGACAAAGGCACCAUCGUUCCCCAGCAGCAGUUUUACAAGGCUUACACGUACACCAGAGAACAGGUUAUUGAGAUGAUGGAGUUUCUCAUCGAGUGCGGACCUCCGCAGCUCCACUGGGAACCGGUGGAGGUUUUCUACAAGUUGUCCUGUGUCCCUUUAAUGCUGCAGCUGAUCUCUGCGGCCUGUGACUGGAGGACUUACUAUGGAAGGAGUGACACUGUGCGUUAUGCGCUGGACAUCCUGGCCAUCCUCACUGUGGUUCCUAAAGUCCAGCUGGUGCUGGCAGACACUGUCGAUGUUCUGGAUGAAACCAGGUCGCUGGUCUCCACUGUGGGCAUGAGCAUCAUCCUGGGCGUGGCUGAGGGCGAGGUGUUCGUCAACGAUGCUGAGAUCCAAAAGUCUGCACUACAGGUCAUAACAAACUGUGUGUGCGCUCCGGACCAGAGCCUGAACACUGUGGGGGCCUUUGCUGUCACCCCCCUCAGGCCGUCCCUCCACCCCCAGCAGCCCCCCGCCCCCCACAACAAGGUGCUGGCCCACAUGUGGCAGGUAGUGCAGAACAACAACGGGAUAAAGGUUCUUCUGUCUCUGCUGUCGGUGAAGAUGCCGAUCACAGACGCAGACCUGAUCCGCUCUCUGGCCUGCAAGGCUCUGGUCGGACUCUCUCGCUGCUCAGCGAUCAGACAAAUCAUCAGCAAACUGCCGCUGUUCACCAGCGGACACAUUCAACAGCUGAUGAAGGAGCCGGUGCUGCAGGACAAACGCAGCGAACACGUCCGGUUCUGCCGCUUCGCUGCCGAGAUGACGGAGCGAGUGUCUGGGAAGCCUUUGCUCAUGGGCACCGACGUGUCGCUGGCUCGUCUGCAGAGGGCCAACGUGGUCGCACAGUCACGGAUCACCUUCCCUGAGAAGGAACUCCUCGUGCUGGUCAGGAACCACCUUGUGGCCAAAGGGCUCCAUGACACGGCCAGCCUGCUCGUUAAGGAAGCUAAUUUAGGAUCCUUGUGUCCGAACGCCUCAUCCUGCAUCACCCCUCCCCCCUCCUCACUGAUCCCCAGGACUUGCCGGCUGGUUGGUGGGAUCGCGGCCCGCGCUGCCAGCCACGUCGGAUACUCUCCCGUCUCCUCCACCUCUCCUCCUCCCUCCCGCACCCCGGUCACGCCUCACCCCUCAUGCUCCUCUUCCUCGUCUACCUCCGCCCUCCCUACUCCGCCGCCUCCUCAUUCCCACGGACAGGCUUCACAUCCAGUUGGACGGAUUUUGUUCACACGUGAACGCCCUGCGGCCAAUUGCAACUCAGGGAAAAAACUUCGUGCGCUGAAGCAGAAGUCUGACCACGGUGCUUUCAUACAGACUCCGGCCAUGAAGAAGCAGCCGGAGCGCCACCUCCCUUCCCCCCCGACCCUUGACAGCAUCAUCACAGAAUACCUGAGGGAACAACACGCCCGCUGCCCCAAUCCCGUCACCACCUGCCCGCCCUUUUCCCUGUUCACCCCGCACAGAUGCCCCGAGCCCAAGCAGAGGCGACAGGCUCCGCCCAACUUCACUGUCCGCCUGGGCAGCAGGGUUCUGUACCCCAAGUAUGGAGGUGUGGACAGAGGGUGUCUGGACCGACAUCUGAUAUUUAGCAGGUUUCGCCCAAUGUCGGUCUUCCACGAGGGCGACGGAGACGAGAGCGGUUUCACCUGUUGUGCCUUCUCAGCCCGCGAGCGUUUCCUGAUGCUCGGGACCUGCUCCGGUCGACUCAAAUUCUACAACGUCUUCUCCGGAGAGGAGGAGGCGAACUACACCUGCCACACGUCGGCCAUCACACACCUCGAACCCUCCAGGGAUGGAAAACUGCUGCUCACCUCUGCCUCUUGGAGCGUCCCCUUGUCUGCUCUCUGGAGUGUGGAUGGUGUCUUUAGCAUGAAGAACUCUUUUGUAGAUGAUCACUACGUUGAGUUCAGUAAACUCUCUCAGGACAGAGUCAUCGGCACCAAAGACCAG